UUCUGCUCGGAACAUGGCGGGCGUCGGCGACGCGGCCGCCCCGGGAGAAGGCGGCGGGGGCGGCGCGGACGGCCGGGAGCGGGACGGCCGCGGCCAGGCGGAGCAGCCGGGCGGCAGCGGUCCCGGGUCCCCGCCGGCACCUCAGCACACGGAGACGCUGGGCUUCUACGAGAGCGACCGGCGGCGGGAGCGGCGCUGCAGCCGCGCAGAGCUUUCAUUGUUGAGGUUCCUCAGUGCUGAACUAACAAGAGGGUACUUCCUUGAACAUAAUGAGGCCAAGUAUACAGAAAGAAGAGAAAGAGUAUACACUUGUAUGCGAAUACCAAGAGAAUUGGAAAAGCUCAUGGUUUUUGGAAUCUUUCUGUGCCUGGAUGCAUUUCUAUAUGUGUUCACCCUGCUUCCUUUACGAGUUUUCCUGGCACUAUUCCGACUCUUCACUCUGCCUUGCUAUGGCUUAAGGGACAGACGUUUGCUGCAGCCUGCCCAGGUGUGUGACAUUUUGAAAGGUGUCCUUUUGGUAAUCUGCUAUUUUAUGAUGCACUAUGUCGACUACUCCAUGAUGUAUCACCUGAUAAGGGGGCAGUCGGUCAUCAAGCUCUAUAUCAUCUACAACAUGCUCGAGGUAGCAGAUCGUCUGUUUUCAUCAUUUGGUCAAGACAUAUUAGAUGCUCUCUAUUGGACAGCAACGGAACCUAAAGAAAGAAAAAGAGCUCACAUUGGGGUGAUUCCUCACUUUUUCAUGGCUGUUCUCUAUGUCUUUUUGCAUGCAAUUCUUAUAAUGGUUCAAGCAACAACUCUCAACGUAGCUUUUAACUCGCACAACAAGUCCCUGCUUACUAUCAUGAUGUCUAAUAAUUUUGUUGAAAUUAAAGGAAGCGUUUUCAAGAAGUUUGAAAAGAACAACCUUUUUCAAAUGUCAAAUAGUGAUAUUAAGGAACGAUUCACAAAUUAUGUGCUUUUGCUAAUAGUGUGUCUGAGAAACAUGGAACAGUUUUCUUGGAAUCCAGAUCAUCUCUGGGUAUUAUUUCCAGAUGUCUGUAUGGUGAUUGCAUCAGAAAUUGCUGUGGAUAUUGUAAAACAUGCCUUUAUCACCAAGUUCAAUGACAUUACUGCGGAUGUCUACAGUGAAUAUAGAGCCAGCCUUGCUUUUGACCUUGUUAGCAGUCGACAGAAAAAUGCGUAUACUGAUUACAGCGACUCUGUGGCGCGGAGAAUGGGGUUCAUUCCUCUCCCACUGGCUGUUCUGCUCAUCAGAGUUGUAACAAGCUCAAUUAAAGUGCAAGGAAUCCUGUCUUAUGCCUGUGUCAUACUCUUCUAUUUUGGGUUGAUAACCCUGAAAGUACUUAAUAGCAUUGUGCUAUUGGGAAAAUCAUGCCAAUAUGUGAAGAAAGCCAAAAUGGAAGAGAAGUUGUUUAACCGUCCCCCCACCAGCACUCCCGGCAAACCCCCCAGCAAAUCCCCGAGCAAGUGUAAACCCUCUCAAGAAGAAAACCUGUCUGCCUCAGUCACCAGCCAGCCUACCCAUCAAAAGGAAAAUGUAAUACCACUACUUGUGACAAGCAAUUCUGAUCAGUUUCUGACAACUCCAGAUGGAGACGAGAAGGACAUAACACAGGAAAACUCUGAAUUAAAACACAGGUCCUCAAAGAAAGAUUUGUUGGAGAUAGACAGGUUUACAAUUUGCGGAAACCGAAUUGACUGAGCUCUGCGGCUCUGUGUGCCCAGUGCCACAUCUCGGGGCAGCCAAGCUGUGCUACCAGGACAGACAGAUGCUAAAAGGGGCACUAAAAUAUUUAUUUAAAAACUUAAAUUAUUAAUGGAAAGCAAUUCUUAGUAUCUUCCUUCCAGUAAUGUGGUCUGACUGAAGGUCAGGUCACGGAACAGCAGCAACCUCCAGGCCUGACUUUUUGGGAGCUUCCUCCUGCUUGGAGAAGCCGCAGCGUCACUUCCGGGCCGACGAGAACAACCUCAGAGUCACUUUGCUCUUUCCGUCUGUGCUUCCAGAACAUCGAACUUUGCCUCUCAGUCCCAUCAGUAUAAGAAUAUAUAUGUGGGAAACUGUGAAGCUUUCACCAUGACAUUACUUUCCCUUCUCAUGCUAUUUUCACAAAGUUUUCAAACUCCAUUUCAUCUGCCAAAGCAUUUUAAAAAAAUAAUUAAACUUAAGUCCAGAUAAAUGUUCUGAUCACCAGAAUAAUCCUUGAAGAUGCAUCUGAAUUAAUCAGAAUAAGGCUACCUUAAAUAAGACAUGAUGACUAGUAGCAUUUUAUAGAAAAAAGAAGCCCUACGCCAGUUUGUCUAUUCACAAAAUAUUAAUGAAUGAAGGUUAUGCAUCACUGGGGAAAUGUUUCAUAAUUUUUCAGUUUACUCUUUAAAGCAAAAUGUGAGCUGUGUAUUGUUUAAUUGCAGUGGCUAAAAUAGAAAUUCCCUUACAGAAAGUUACUUUUUAUACUGAAAAAGCAUAGCAGUGUUAACUUUAAUGUAUAGUUAACUGGUUUCACUUCAAAACUAAUUGCAUCAUAAAUUGUUACAGUUAAAAGGAUUUGAUGUUGAAUAGGCUGAAGAAUUGUCAGUGUACAAAAUUCCAAGUUGUUGGUGUAACUGGGUUUUUUAAGGAACAGUUUUAAAGUAAAUAUUUUAAGUGGAUUGGGCAGGGUCCUCUUGCUUGGGCUCAUAAAACACAUUGUCCUUCUGUUUGGAGUGUCAGUGGGGCAGGGUCUGUGUUCUGUGGAAGAGUGUGUGGGGAGGUGUAACUGUGGGUGUGCCUGUGCUGGGGGUGGGGGGCGAGUCCAGGGGUGUUCGGGCUUGUGGGGCGGCCAUCUGGCUGUGGGCGGAUGUCUGUGUACGGAUAUUGGGAACAACAACCAAAAGGUGCUUUUUGGUUCUUGUUGAGAUAAAAGUACAUUUCUGCUUAAUCACUAGUUGUGGCCUACAUCACAGGACAGAUUAUUUUCCACAUUUUUUCUUGAGAACCCUUUCUGCAUUUUUAUAAAAAUUUUACAUCUAAUUUCAAAGUGUCCAGAUGUCACUGUUAACUGUUAUUUCCUUUGAUGUUUUCAUUUUGAAGUUCAGCUCCUGUGCUACUAUUUCAGGGAUAUGAUAUUCAGAGGUAAAUUUUAGGUGAUUUGUCUGUUUCAUGGGUGAAAUGUAAAGCAAGCUUUAAUGCAUUGGCUUCUGCAUUUGAAAUACAAAAGUGAAUUUUAAUGUUUCGCAUUAACUAAAGAAAUCUGAAGGUUAAUGUUCGCAUAGGGUAAAAGAGGAACCUGUACUACAGAAAUGCUUUUGUGAGACCAUGCAGUAUUUUAUGUUAAAAAUGAAAAGACUUAAUUGCUUUGUGCAUGUUUCAAUGAAGCCCCAUUUUAGAUUUUUUUUUUUUUUUUUGCUCAUCUUCUCCACCUAAAAGGAACAGUGUCCAUGGUGAAUGAGAAUGAGUUCUGGGGAAAACUUGGCCAAGCAUAGCCCUAAUCAGAGCAAGAAUAGGAUGUGGGUAUACCUUUCAAUUCAGCUUGAGUUACUCUGCUAUUGUGCUGUCACUUUCGAACAUGGUCAUUUCCUUUGCAAAGUACAUUGGGAAUUCAGAAUGAUGUUCAUGUGUUCUGUUAAAAUGGCAUUCAGUACUAAUUUUAUAAGUGCAUCUUGUGUGAAACAAUAAAUUCAAUUUUGUAAUCUUUUUUAAAAA